AAUGUAAAAAAAGGGAAGCACCCAAAUUUGGUUAAGGCUUCCUCCAUGCACUUUACUCAAACCCCACGAUGGUACGCUUCUCCCGCGUGCGGGAGUGGAGCUCCGUAUUUGCGUUGUUCAAGCACAAGGGCUGGACAUCAAAGUUGACAUUGUCAUUCAACUGCUCAAGUACCAAGGCUGCUCCGCGGUUUCCAAAAAUGGAAUAUCAGGAUGCUGUGUGCACCCUCAAUACCUUACAAACCAAUUCCAGUGCACUUGAGCAGGUGCGGCGGGAGCGGGGGAAUCCCCAGCUCCAGCUCCAGGCCAUGAGGGGCUUCCUGGAGCGGACUGGACUUGAGGUAGAGGAUCUUGACCGUCUGAAUAUAAUUCAUGUCACUGGAACCAAGGGCAAGGGAUCAACGUGCGCUUUCACAGAGAAGAUUUUGAGAGGCUACGGCUUUCGGACUGGGUUUUAUAGUUCCCCACAUUUAGUACAAGUAAGGGAGAGGAUAAGAAUUAAUGGACAACCCAUCAGCAAAGAGCUCUUCACCAAAUACUUCUGGCAGGUUUAUGGGCGAUUGGAUGAAACAAAGGAUGGUAACGGGCAGACAAUGCCUGCCUAUUUUCGCUUCCUCACCAUCCUGGCCUUUCACAUCUUCCUGCAGGAGAAGGUGGAUUUAGCUUUGCUGGAAGUUGGGAUCGGUGGAGCCUAUGACUGCACAAACAUAAUCAGGAGACCAUGGGUGUGUGGCAUCUCAUCUUUGGGUAUCGAUCAUACCCAGAUCUUGGGGGAUACCAUUGAAAAGAUUGCCUGGCAGAAAGGGGGCAUCUUCAAGCCAGGGGUUCCAGCCUUCACUGUGAAGCAGCCUGAAGGGCCUAUGACGGUUCUAAAAGAGCGUGCCGUGGAGACUGGGUGUCCGCUGUGGAUGUGCCCAGAGCUGAAUGAGUACAGAGCAGAGGCCACCCUGCGUCUGGGCCUGGCUGGGCAGCAUCAGUGCUCCAAUGCCUCCCUGGCCCUGCAGCUCAGCCACACCUGGCUACAGAGACGCUACUUGCCAGAAGAUAACCUCCCAUCCCUAACAAGGGAAACCACAACUGUUCCCUUGGCCUCAGCCUUCCAAUUAAGCCCAAUCAUGGCAAAAGGACUAGCAGACACAGAGUGGCCUGGCCGCACACAGACUCUGGAGCACGGCCCUGUCACCUACUUCCUGGAUGGAGCCCACACCAUGCGCAGCAUGCAGGCAUGCGUCCACUGGUUCAGCAAUGCCGCCGCUCAGCACGAGAAGAGGGCAGGUGGACCUGUGGUCCGAGUGCUUAUUUUCAACGCUACGGGAGAGAGAGACUGUGCAGCCAUGCUGAAACUGUUGGUGCCUUGUCAUUUUGACUUUGCUGUGUUCUGCCCCAACAUAACUGAAGCCAUAGCAUCAUGUAAUGCAGACCAACAGAACUUUAAUGUAUCUGUGGAGAACAUGCUGACCCGCUGCUUGGACAACCAGCAGAGCUGGCGUAUGCAUACCGGCCAGGAGGAGGGGCUGAAUGCUGCGGGGCUCAUCCAUGACCAUCUCCCCCUGAUGGCCAAACACAAGAGCGACACCCUUGUUUUCCCCUGCAUCCUUAGCGCCCUCCAGUGGAUCUGCCAGGGAAGGGACUCUGUCCUGGCAGACCCGGCCAAAAUAGCCGUACCAGUCAAGGACAGCAUCACAGCGAAAGCAUCCCCCUUACGAGAGGCCACUGGGAUUCACAUCCUUGUCACAGGCAGCCUCCAUCUUGUAGGAGGGGUGCUGAAACACCUUGACCCUUCCGUUGCUUUGUAAAACACCAUUUGAGUUUAAGUUUGCGGAUUGUGUGCAAGUAGUUGGAUAUAAGUAGUUGCAUACUUCUGGGCUUGUUCCAUGUGAAAAAGCAGAAUAUAUGCCUAUAGAAGUAACAUGUUUAGAUGGGGUGUAUGGUAGGAGUUAGUGGCAUCAUUGGUGGGUGUGAUUUGGUUAAAAUAUCUAAUUUAAUAGACAUGGCAGAUAACAGCUGACAGAGAUAUCGAAUUUAGUCUUGUUUAAUAUGAAUAUAUGAUAACUAUAUGACCUGGCAAGUACAACUUGAUGCCAAAUGUUUUAGCCAGAAACACACAGCUGCCUUUUGUGUAUUGGAAAAAUUAAGCCUCACUACUUGAAGCCAAAAACUGUUAACACUGACUCUCUUCAUUCAUUGCCUCAUUAAGUGGCAUGAUCAUAAAUUGCAUAAGUUGUGCUUUAAAAGCUUAAACCUUUAUUAUAAAACUUUCACAAGCAUGGCAUCAUUCAAAUGUGAACCAAUUGUAGAUAAAGGCAUAGAAAUUGCUCUGUUAGUAAAAUACUUAACAGUUUUACUGAUCUGAUAAAUGAAGAUAAUGUUAAUUAUUUUAUCAUAAGUGCUUUGUCCAAGACACGGCUGUACAUACUUUCUUGAGCUGUGAGAAGGCAUAGUUACUAUUUAUGUUUAACAUGACUUAUUUACACUUGGCAUUAGUAUGAAUACCAUGUUAGUGACGGUUUAAGAAUGGUACGUGAGCUUCAUGUAUUGUAACACAAAGUUUUUGUUGCUUUAGAAAUGUCACUGCGUCAAUAGAUUUGUCAGUUAAAAACAAAUCAAGAAUGAAGCGUAGCUUGUCAUCUUGUAUACUGUCUUAAUAUAUAUAUUUUUUGUAUGUUUGUGCAAUAAAUAUAAAAUGUAUAUUUA